AUGGGGCUCGCCUUGCGCCUGGUGCUGGCCGUCUGUGGCCUUCUCUGCCUCCUCCUGCAGCCAGUGCCCAUUGUUGAUGCGGCCAUGAGCACCAACCUGUUCGGGGACGGUACGCCGAACUCUCGGACCAUACUGACGGCCUGGGCCGACCGCUACUCCUACGUGCGGGACGACGUCAGCAUAUCGUACACAGGAGGCGGCAUGGAGGAAGCUCUCGCUGCCUACGGCCGACAAAAGUUGGAUUUUGUGGGUUCGGACCGAGCUCUGGCAGCCAAUCUCCUCGUCGAGUUCGGUGAUCUGGUUCAAUUCCCGCUGUUUGGACAGGCCUUGGUCCUCGCCUACAACGUCGAUGGCCUCACCUCCUCCGAUCCCAACCUCGUGCUGAGCAGGGAGACGGUAGGCCUUAUCUGGGCCGGCGAGAUCACCAUGUGGAACGACACGCGCAUCAAGACCCUCAACCCGACCAUCGCCAGCAAGCUGCCCGCCGCGCCCAUUAGCCUCGCCUACAACAUCAACAACGCCUUCUCGCUGGCGGAGGGGUUCAAGGUGGCCGUGUCGAGCUUCAGCAGCGUGUUCCGCACCGCGCUGGCAGCGGCCAACAACUCGUUCGACCUCAUGCCGCCCGCUCUCGCAGGGCGCGCUGUCGAAGCCGGGGAAUCGAAAAACCGCACGGCCUGGGUUCUGGCCAAUCCCAACAGCAUGACCUUCGCGCUUCAGAGCGAUGGCGAAUCGGCGGGCUUACCCUGGGUCGCGAUGUACAACAGGGCCGGCAAGCUCUCUCUGCCCAGCAAGUACUCGGUGCAGGCCGCCAUGGCCGAGUUUUCUGCGGCCUACAGCGCCGGCAACCUUUCGGUCGAUAUCAGCGAUGCACCGGGCAACGACUCCUGGCCGCUGGCCUUUAUGACCUUCAUCUUGCUCAACCGGAGCGCCAUGUCGCUCGACUGCAACAACAUCGAGGAGCUGAUCCGCUUCCUCGCCUGGACGCAGGUCAACGACAAGGCAGCGAACUUGGCGAUCGAGAACGGGCUCGUGCCCAUCGACGUGAGCCUGCGCCAAAACCUCCUCGACGUCUUCGCCAGCAUUCAGUGCAACAAUUCACCGGCGAUCGACACAGCCUUCCUCAUCGGCGCCGGGCCUCCGUUACCUAUCUUUACGGCCUGGACCACGGACCAGUCGACCAGCGAUGUCACGAUCAAAUACUUCGAGUCCACCUCGCAGCAGGCCAAGAGCCAGCUGGUCUCUUUCGACGAGGAGUUUGGCACGACGAUCAACGGCAUCGAAGCGGAGUGGACCACGGCCAUCCCCGACAUUGCCCUCCUGCCUGCCGCCGUGUUUGGCAUGGUCCCGAAUUACAAUUUGGCCGAACUUGAUGGGUUGGAUCUGGUGCUGGACUUCAAGACGCUGGCGGACAUCUAUCUGGGCGAGAUCACCAUGUGGAACGACUCGCGCAUCUUGGCCCUCAACUCUGCAGCCACAGUGGCGGCGCUGCCCACCCGCCCGAUCCAGGUCAUCGUUCAGACCACGAGCUCGUCCAUCACAGAGAGCUUCACCACCCUGCUCAACGCCACCGUGCCCGCUUUUGCUGAACAGGCUUUGGCCACCACGAUAGCGGCCAGCAACUACUCCACUCUGGUGUCGACGUUGGCCAGCACUCCUGAUGCCUUUGCCGUCACACUUCGCUCCGCUGUUUUGCUGUCGCGUGGACUUGCCGCGGCACACAUGUUCAACAAGGCGGGCGUGCUGGUGCACGCGAACUCGACGUCGUAUGCAAGUGCGCUGCGCAACUAUCUGGCCUUCACCACAGCACCCGCCUAUGGCGGCGUCAUCCUAACCGAGGGAAGUGCCAGUUGGCCUCUGGCGGCGUUUGCGGCGCUCAUCUACCGCAGCCGGACCAUGCAGGACUGCAGCAAGGCGGCUGCCCUCGCCGACUUCUUCUAUUACACGCAGACCAGCCCGAAAGCCAAGCUGUCGGCUGACAGGCAGGGCUACAUCAUCGGAUCGACCGAGCCCGUGCUGAAGAGCCUGUUCCUCAACCAGCUCAAAGCGUUCACGUGCAACGGGGUGGCGGUGAGCUCAGUGGCCGCGUGCAUCAACGACGGCAAGCUGUGUUCGGAUAUCGGGUCGUGCGCCAAUCAGGCGUGCGUAUGCCCGAGCGGCAGGACCGGGCAAUACUGCGAGGAUUUCGUGUCGACCGACUCAAGCAGCGACUCAGCCACGAUCGGCCUCGCGGUGGGCAUUCCGGGCGCGGUGUUCGUGGUGCUGGUGCUGGCGUGCCUCAUCGUCGUGGUCGUGUUGAUCCUCGUCAAGUACACGAGAAACCGGACCGACGACUGGGAGAUCGAGUACUCGGAGCUCGAUAUGGGCGAGCAGCUGGGCACCGGCGGAUACGGCGCGGUCCACAAGGCCGUGUGGAAGGGAACCGAGGUUGCAGUGAAGGUGAUGGCGGCAGAGAAGGUCACCAAAGAAAUGGAGAAGAGCUUCCAGGAUGAGGUGCGGGUGAUGACCUCGCUGAGGCAUCCCAACGUGGUGCUCUUCAUGGCGGCGUCUACCAAGCCGCCCAAGAUGUGCAUCGUGAUGGAGUUCAUGUCGCUGGGCUCUCUCUUCGAGUUGCUGCAUAACGAGCUGAUCCCGGAUAUACCCUUCCCGCUCAAGGCCAAGAUGGCCUACCAGGCCUCCAAGGGCAUGCACUUCCUCCACUCCUCCGGAAUCGUGCACCGAGACUUGAAGUCGCUCAAUCUGCUGCUCGACAACAAGUGGAACGUCAAGGUGUCGGAUUUCGGCCUCACCAAGUUCCGCGAGGACGCGCGGAAGGGCGGCGCACAGGCCAACGACGCCGGAAGCGUCCACUGGACGGCGCCGGAGGUGCUCAACGAGUCGGCCGAUGUUGAUCUCAUCCUGGCCGAUGUGUACAGCUUCGGCAUCAUCCUCUGGGAGCUCCUCACCCGCGAGCAGCCCUACUUUGGCAUGAGUUGCAUUGUCGAUGUCGCGCAUCACCUGAUCGACUCCUUUAUCUGGCGCAACAGUCUGGCGGCGGUGGCAGUGGCGGUGAUCAGAGACAACAUCCGGCCGCGUAUGCCGGAGGUGCUCACGUGCCCGCAGGAAUUUGAGCAAUUGAUCACCAGCUGCUGGCACAGCGACCCGGUCAUCCGGCCCACCUUCCUCGAGAUCAUGACGCGCCUCUCGUCCAUGAACGGCGACUCCACGUCGGCCGGCACCUCCUUCACCUCUCGGACCUCGUCGUCUUCCAGCGGCGGCAAUUCGAACCGCGAAGCUAAGCGGGUCAGCCUUUACGGCUCGUCGUGGACGCUGCCGUCAACCAACGGCUCUGCGUCAGCCGGCUCUGGGUCAUCGAGCGGAUCGAAGAACGGCUCGGCCGUAGCUGCGCAAGCGGCCGGCGGUGCGGUUCGAGCGCCGGAGGGUGAGUUGGCGAUCGUGUUCACCGAUAUCACGAGGGCCGCCUCGCUGUGGGAGUUCAACCCAUCGGCCAUGCGCGACGCCACGCUGCUGCACAAUGAGACGCUGCGGGCCGUACUCAAGCGGCACAAGGGCUACGAGGUGGUGUUCCUGCGGGACCGGAACAGCGGCGAGGGCUCCUUCUGCAUGGCCUUCCAGCAGGCGAGCGACGCGCUGGCCUGGUGCUGCGACGUGCAGCGCGCCCUGCUGCAGGUCGAGUGGCCCGAGGCGCUGCUCGACCACCCGGGCGCAGCGGAAGAGUGGGGCGACACUGAUGACCGGAGACCUUUCCUCAUUCAUGUGGUCGCAACCCGCAGAGUGCUGUACAAAGGGCUGCGAGUGCGAAUGGGCGUGCACCUGGGCACACCCAAGGUGGUGCGUGAUCCGAUGACGCGCCGCGUGGAGUACAUCGGGCCUGUGGUAAACGCGGCCGCGCGCAUCACGGCCAUGACCCACGGAGGCCAGAUCGUCAUGAGCCACGCCGCCCACCACAAGCUGCUGGCUUCAGCAGGCCCCGAUGCUCCAUUGAGCCUGGGCGCGCGGGUGGUGUCGUUGGGUAAGUUCGAGAUGCCCGACGUGCCUAACGGCGCGCGGCUGUACGAGCUCAAGGCCGAGGGCCUCGAGGCCCGAUUCUUCGGCGGAGUAACCAACGACGACGGCGAUGGGGCCACUACGUCGUCGGGCGCGGCCAGCGAUAGCCAGGAGGUUGCAACACGAUCAAGCGGCGGCGAAGACAUGCAAACGGCGGUGGGCGAGGGGAUGAUGUUCAAGGAGGACACGUUCCUCACCUCGGCCAACCUAUGUAGGUGGAUCAUCGACUUCCACGAGAUCCAGAUGGGCAAGCAGUGGAAGGGCGUAGAGGUGGCGGUCAAGCGGUUCAUCAAGCAGAAGCUCGACGAGCGGCGCAUGCUCGAGUUCCGCGCCGAGAUGGCCUUCCUCUCGGAGCUGCACCACCCCAACAUCGUGCUCUUCAUCGGCGCGUGCGUGAAGAAGCCCAACCUGUGCAUCGUGACCGAGUUCAUGAAGCAGGGCUCGCUCAAGGACAUCCUGGCCAACAACGCCAUCAAGCUCACGUGGAAGCAGAAGCUGCGCAUGCUCCGCUCGGCCGCGCUGGGCAUCAACUACCUCCACUCCCUCACCCGGUGA